AUGCUAAUUAUUUUUUAUUUAUUCUCCUUAGCAAUUUGUAUUGAUGAUCCAAUUCAUACAUCUAUAAUCUAUGGCGACAGUGAUUAAGGCUAUUAUUAUGUGAAUCUAUUUGUUGGAGAGCAUAAAUAAAAAUAAUCAUUAAUUCUUGAUACAGCAAGUUCAAUUACUACUUUUCCAUGUGUAGAUUGUAAAAGUUGUGGUAACCACAUUGAUUCAUACUAUAAUUUCAAAAUUUCCUAAACUCACAAAGUGGUCAAAUGUGAUCAAAUAAUUGGAGAAAAAUAAUGUGAUAAAUGUCUAAACAAUAGGUGCUCCUUUUAAAUUAGCUAUGCUGAAGGAUCAAGACUUGCUGGCUAUUUUAUGCAGGAUUGGUUAAUAAUGGGAGAUGAGUUUGAAGAUUUAAAAUAAUCAGAUGAAAUAGUUAAAUUAGAAUAGAUCUUAAGUGUUAUUGGAUGUACAACUUUAGAAACUAAUUUAUUUUACACAUAAAAGGCUAAUGGAAUCAUGGGGUUGUCUCCAAAGACGAAUACAGAAUUUUCCUUUCCAAAUUAUAUUGAUGAUCUCUAUCAAAAAGAAAAGGGAAGUGAAUUUCAGAAAAUGUUUACUAUUUGUAUUGGAAGGAGAGAUGGCUACAUGACUGUGGGACAGUACGAUUUUAAUAGACACCGAAAUGAUAGUUUGUAUUAUAAGGUGAAAUACGAUCAAGACACAGAUGUUUAUAAAAUAAAUGUCCAUAGCAUCAAAAUUGAUAAUAUAGUAAUCGCUGAUCACAACUUAAUAAAUUUAGGAUAAGGAGCUUUUAUAGAUUCAGGAUCGACUUUAGCUUAUGGAUCGCCUAAAUUAAGUGAAAAAUUGACUCAAUAAUUUCUUUGUUAAAAUGAGAAUUGUCCCGAUUUGCAAUAUUUAGAAGAGUUGCAUUGUUAUCAAUAUAUUCCAGAAAAACAUGGAAAUUUCUCUAAUUUUGCAUCUUAUUUUCCUAUAUUUGAGUUUGAGUUAGACAAUAAUUUUACAUUUAAGUGGAAACCUAUUAAUUAUCUCACUUUGGCAGUGAAUACAACUGAUAUAUAUUGUUUUCCACUUGCAGUAAUACCUGGCGCACCUAGGAUGAUUCUUGGAUAAGUGUGGAUGAGAAAUUGGGAUAUUGGUUUCAAUAAAUAAACUCAAGAGGUAUUAUUUGUGGAGAAUAAUUGUUCAAAUACUAAAGUGAGCCAUGAAUUCACUGAAGAGGAUAUCAUUCUCUUAGAAUAAUAGUCGCUAAAACAAAAUAAUGGCAGAAGAGUUUACAAAGAUUUAAAUUUAAAAGGAAAAUUGGAUAUAUUUUCAGAAACUCUAUAUGCUUUUGUGAUGAUAGUGUUAAUGAUCUUUUUAUAUUAUUUAUUCUUCUACCUGCUAAAGUUAAAGAAAUAAGGAAAAUAUUAAACUAUUUAAGAAAUAAAUAGCUAGGAAUGA